AUGUUAAACUACAAUUUUCAGGUUUUCAUCGUUCUGAUAUGCUCAUCUCAAUGCAUAAGCUUUGGAUGCUCAAACCCAAAACUUUCGGAUCAAGCCCGUACCAUGUUCUACAAUGCUCAUAAUGAUGCAAGACGAAGUUUGGCAAAAGGUCUCGAGCCGCACAAAUGUGGAAGACUUUCUUCAGGAAAGAAUGUGUAUCAAUUGAACUGGAAUUGUGAAAUGGAAGCAAAAGUUCAAGAAUGGGCGGACAGCUGCACUAACUCAUUCCAAACUUUUGAUCCUUCUUGGGGUCAUAAUCUUCAAACUUGGUCCGGGACAGGAUUGGACCCAGUUGCUACAUCUGCAAACACUGUUAACUCAUGGUGGUCUUCCGUCCGAUCACAACCACUCACUGAUCCGGAAAACAAGUACACUGGCUCACCGUACACCUUUGCAAAUAUGGCAUUCGGAAAAACUACAGAGUUUGCAUGCGCCUACAGUACUGCCUGUGGAUCAAAGUUGUAUAUCGGAUGUUUCUACAAUAAAAUAGGUUAUAUGACUAACGCAGUGAUAUACGAGAAAGGAGAUGCUUGCACUUCUAAUGCAGACUGUACUACCUACUCUGGUUCAACUUGUAAUGAUGGAUUGUGUUACGUUGAACCAACAGGACCAAUUGUGGAAACCUAUACAAUGUGCCCAGGUGUUACGGAUAUGUCCGACCAAGCUAGAAUGGCGUUCUUGAAUACUCAUAACAAAUUGAGAUCAAGUUUGGCAAAGGGCCUUGAACCUGACGGCAUUGCUCCCGGAGCAUUUGCACCACAGGCAAAACAUAUGCCGAAAAUGCGAUACAAUUGCACCAUCGAGGCAAAUGCUAGAACAUAUGCUCUCAAUUGUGUUUUUGAACAUUCGAAACCAGAACAAAGACCGCAGUGUGGUGAAAAUUUGUAUUAUAGAGGCUCUACUAAUUACCCGAAAAUUUUGUCUGGAGAGGAUGCUUCUAAUGCUUGGUGGUCCGAACUGCCGGAUAUCGGUGUGGGUUCAGAAAAUAGAAUGACAUCACAACUCUUUUCAACAGGCGUCGGCCAUUACACGCAGAUGGCAUGGGACAGAACCACCGAUCUUGGAUGUUAUGUGGCUCAUUGUCCUUCAAUGACCUAUUCCGUUUGUCAAUAUUAUACACCUGGAAACUACAUGAAUGAAAUGAUCUACGAAGUUGGACCACCUUGUACUCAAGAUUCGGACUGUCCGGGAUCACAAACCUGUAGCGUCAGCGAGUCAUUGUGCAUCCUUUCUUAA